AUGAAGCUUUUUCUGGCUCUAUUUCUAUUUGCUUUCACUACGACCGUGUUUUGUGGAUCUUACCGAUGUUCACGAUUGGUUCGUUGAUUUUUAUAUAACUGAGGCAAAAGUUUUGAUUAAUGAGGUUCGAACAGUUACUUGUCAAAGGAAACCGUUUUCUAAUUAAAGGCAUAGGGUCAGUAAAAAAUGGGGUUUUAGGUGAAAGCAAUAUCUCAUACAGCUUUUUUUGCGAAUCGAAUGGUGUACUCAAAAAAAUUACAGAUGUGACGACUUUAGAAGAGAAAUGCGAUUUUACUUUUCCGCCUUUAAUUUUGAAAAAUGGUUUGGAUCGGUCUACGGACAAAUGUUUACAGUAGCCGUGCACGCGAUGUUGCGGACGUCUCAUUAGACUCGCUUUUUGUGAGAAAUACCCGGACAUCUGCUUCUAAUCAAGGGUUUCUACUCUGAAAAAUUGAUUAAGAAAACAGAAAACACACAUUGAUAAUAAAGAAAACACAAAUAAUCGCUAUCCCAACCGAAACCUGUGUAAAAUCAUCAUUUGUCACCAGAAAAGCAUUUUUGCGACCAAAGUUUGCAAAUUAUACAUGAAAAGAAAGCUUUUGUGACGAAAAGAACUUUGGUGACAAAAAAAAAAUUGAAAAUUGGAAGAAACGAAGAAAAGGUGAAAAUCCGGAAUUUGGCGAUGCCUGCUGUCCAUAGAGCAAAUUUACUGCAAAGCGCCCUUUUUGCGGGAACUCAAACUUUCCUUCCUCCGCCUUUGAAUUAAUUUCUCUCCAAAACUAGGAACUUCUGUAAGUUUCCAAGUUCACUAUUCGAUUUGCAAUUGGUCGAACCUUUUUAUUUCUUCUGUGCUUGGUUCGUUGACUCUAUUUAACUGUGACAAAAGUCUUAGUUGAUGAAGUUUCCAUGGUAACAACUUAUCAAGCGGAGAAUUGAAAACCAUGGUCUAAGUAAAGCCUAUGGGCCGGAUCAUUUUCCUUUCUCUGUGCUCCAAGCCCUGGACAAGCUGGGCGCCGUACUGUUCUUUAAAGAAAAAUCAGCUAAUCGUCGGAUCACUUAACUUCCUAACGUUACUAUCCGUAAAAGGAUAAGAAGAUCUUUCGUGUUAACAAGUUACUUUCUUCUUUUUAUGGCUAAUAAGGAGAAAGAGGAUGCAGUAAUUCAAAAUAGUUAUAAUUUUUUGGCUCAUCAAGUUCACAUCUCAAAUCAUUUAUUACAGCCAUGGGCUCUGAAUUCAAUUCUGCUUGGAAGGCCGCUUCAAGUAGGCGACCGAAUUCUGGUUCAUGGAACUCCGAAUCCCGGCGUGCCAUGGUUAGCCUACUCUUUUCUCAAUUACGAAGUCUAGCGCUACUAAAUAAAAGACAUGACACACUAUCUUGCUCGCACCUAGGAUGGAGAAACCAAAAAACUAGUUCAAAAUUCAGGUUCUCGGUAAACUUAUUCGCGGGCCCUGUUGGCAUCGCUUUGCACUUUGUCGUUCGUUGGGAUCGUAAUCGAGUUGUUCUGAAUACCUUCACGGUUGCGGGGGUUUCAAAAAAGCCUCUACUAAGAAAUUUCAAUUGAUUAUCCAGAACGCCUGGCAACACGAGAUCUGUCUGCCGCAAACGUUUACGAGAGGCCCUGUUGUUUUGAAAUUCGAGUAAACGUGGCCGCACUUGGAAUGGACUUUUUUUUUGAAUUCAGAGUACAAGCGGAUGGUUAUGUGAUUUACAAAGACGGUGCCUAUCUCACUAAAUAUCCAAGGAGGACUUUCGAUUUUUCUUCGGUUCAAUCGAUUGGUUUCGAGGGCUUGGACAUAGGGAUGGCGUAUCCUUAGUUAGUUUAUAGUCAUAAUUUUUACGAAUCAAAUACUUCCCAUUUUGACUCAAAAAGCUGUUGGAGAUUGAUCCUGCGACUCUUUGAACGAUAACCAAACACACAUCCUCUGCGCUAAUCAUCUCAACUUUAGUUUCUGCGGAGUAGAAGAGCAAUCCAACUACAAACCCAACGAGAGGAUGACUUCGAUCUAUGCGGAUGGCGUUGUCGAGUACCUUUGUGAGUUUUUCGAGGAAUCGAAAAAAAGUUCGUUAAUAUUUUCAGAUGAUGACUGCUACUACUGAUUUACUGUAAAUUGCAGCAAACUCGAGCGUUGAAAAUAAAAUUUUUAUGUUGUUGCCAUUGGUUCACCUGGUAAAUCGCUACUUUCUGGAAAAAGAAAAAGAGAUGACACGAACAUUAAAAAAAGAAAUUUUUUUACGAUAUGUCAUAAAAUGGAGGAGAUCUUAAAAAAAUGAAGAAUUAUUGUCACAUCACAAAGCGAUGAAUCUUCUACUGGCUCUUCUUCUUUUUUUCUUUCACUUUUCCAAUUUUUUGUGGAGAAUACCGAUGUUCGCGAUUGGUUCGUUUUUUUUUCUCAAAAUGCUAAAAAGAAAAUCUAAAAACCAAAACAAUAUUAGAUAACUGAAGGUAUGGAAAAUAAUAACUUCAACUAUUUUCCAGCCGUCGGAUAAGAAUGUAUACCCGCUUGGUAGAGCACUUCAAGUCGGCGACCAGAUUAUCGUGCAGGCUAAAUCUCAACCCAACGUCCCAUGGUUCAUUACCUUCUCAAUUUUUGGUCUCAAUCACGACUAGCUAAAAAAUUAUUGCGUAUGGUCGCGCCGAAAAUGGCUCAAGGCAUAACGGCUUCUUGUGCGAGGAAGCCCAGAAAAGUCUGAAUUGAUCACAAUUCAUUGUGGGCAUCUUUAUAGUUGUAACUGAAAAUAAAAAAAUACCAGCUUGAUGCCGAGUCAGAACCGGAAAAUUUCCAGUAACUUUAAACUGAAUUCUAGGCUCUCUAUCAACCUAUUCGCCUUCCCUACAGGCAUCCCUUUGCACUUCGUAGUCCGUUGGGAUCGCAAUCAACUUGUUCUGAGUACCUUCACGGUUUUAAAAAUUUCUGACAACAAAACACGUUUUUCUCAAAGAACGACUGGAUACCAGAUGGGAUGAGUCUGCCGCAGAUAUUUACGAGAGAUCCGUUCAUCGUGAAAAUCGAGUAAGAUGUUUAGUCAAAUUUGGUAUUGAUUCUUAUGGAAUCAGGGUACAAGCGGAUGGGUAUGCAAUUUCCAAGGACGGCCUUUUCAUCACUAAAUAUCCGAACAAGUAUUACCCCGACUACUCGGUGAUUCGAUCGGUGGAGUUGAACUACAUGGACCUCGGAACUGCACAACCUUUGUGAGUUUAUAAGCUGUUCGUGGACUUUCUUUUGGGAAAAAAAGCAAAGUUCUCAACAACUUUCAAAACGGGAAAAAAGCUAAUUUUGAAAUUGAAGGCUCAAAACAGAUUCUAUAUCAAACUUUUUGUUUCCCAGAUUCUCUCAUUUUUAUUUCAUCAAGGAACUUGAUCCGGUGUGCGAUAAUCAAACAUCCAAUAAUUUUUCAGCUACUGCCCAGAAGACGAAUAUACCGAAACCAAACCUAAUCAGAGGAUGACCACGAUUUUUGCGGACGGAGUUGUCGAGUACCUUUGUGAGACUUUCAGAGUCUUGAAAAAAAUAAGAUAUGCAUUUUUCAGAUGACGACUGCUACUACUGA